ACAACUCAUUCAUUCUGUCCCACUUCAUCAACAAUUUAAAGAAAAUUAACUGCAGCUCAUGGCGUUCCGACAAGUGGUUCAAUGAAUGGGUCAGAUUUAUAGUGGUAUUCUCUUGUAAAAGUAUGCGACUUUCCGUCUCCAAUACGGAGACCGCCUGAAUGACGGAGUGAUGCACAAGUUGUUGACAAUAACAGCCAUGAAAGACAUUUUCGUCUUGUGUUUUAGUUGAAAGAUGCCAGUAACUGCCACUGUAUUGUUCGAUAACAUAUUAUUAAUGGAGGUUAUUGCUUUGUUGAUUGAAACAAAAACAAGAAUUUGAAUUUAGUGCUGCACAUAUCUUGCUCACUGUCAUCCUCAGACUCGGUAAUCUACUUCAUGAGAAGUAAAGUGAAAACUGAGAUUUUAUUUUAUACUCUAGAAUGAAGUUUUAAGCUGCCUUACUGAAACUUUGAUUUUAAACCACAGUUCACAAUGGCCCACAUGUAUGAUAGUUGGAAUUCUAGUCGAGUGAUGGAUGACGCUUCAUGGAAUAAUACAAUCUCAUCAAGGAAUAUGUCAAAAUCACUGCAUUCUAGUCAUCACAACAGACAAUCCAAUAACCAAAGCCAUAACCAGUCCUCAGCAUCUGCAGAAUUGCAUGCGUAUAUAAACAAUUUUGAAACAAGCUAUGGCAAUUUGUUUGGGAACCAGAGAGCCGUGAAUGACUCAAUGUCUCUGGAAACGACGCUGCAGCUCAACUUUGAUCGAAAACAGGAAGCUAGGGAGAAGAAAACCGAGCUACAUCGGCAUGAAAUGAAGAAACUCAUUGACAAGUCUUAUCGAGAAAUAGUCAGAGCAGAUGUGGAAAGACAUAAAGCUGAAACCCUUCUUCAUAACAGUCAGAACGACAGUACAAGUGAGAAUUUAUCUCCUCUUACAAGUAAUUCUGUCAUCACUGAUGUUGAGAGUUUAGAUACCGAAGCACUGAUAUCAGCACCUAUCAACCCUAGAAAGCCAUACACCCAGUAUCAAAGGAAUGCUUUGAACAGAUACAAAUCUGGUAGCUUAGGUGAUCUACCAAGCCGACUAAAUAGCUCAGCUGCUCAACAAUUGUACCAUACUCCAGCUAGGCCAGCACAGUUAGAGCAUACCCACCUGUCGCCCAACUCAGGAGGAAGGCCAGCUCCAAGUUGGGUUCAAGACAUGGACACAAUGAGUGCACGCUGUGCUCCUAGCUGGGUACAAGAUUUGGACACUGUGAGUGCUUGCCAUGCUCCAAGCUGGGUACAAGACUUGGAUCUGUCUGGAAAUAGUGGACAUCCGGCUCCUAGUUGGAUCCAGGAUUUAGAUUCUUCCGAUAUUAGUAAUUUGACACAAUCCAGUGUUAAAUUAUUAGAUAUUGCAAGACGAAGAUGCAGAAAUCGAAAAAAUUCAAAACUCAGCGAGGAAGGUGUUCUUUUGAAACGAUAUGGUUCUGCUGCUGAUCUUCUCAUGAGUGACUCUAGUGAUUGGCAGGUUGAAGAAUUUGAACACAUACCAAAGGCUGCCAGACUCUCGCACAGAAAUGAGAAUGCAUAUUCGCUCUCCUCAGAUAGCAGUGGUGAUUUGAAAGCAAAGAAAAGGAUACUGACAACUCCAGAGAAAAACGGUAUAAAGCAUGAACUGCAUCGAUGGGGUAAACACAGUAAGGAAAACAGCAACGCAUCCCAAGAAGUUGACUCGUACAUUCAAGCUGCUGUUGGCAGAAAAUUGAACUUUAAAUACUCCAAAGAUGACAGUGACAUUUCAACAAAUGACAGUUUCUUUUUGCCACCAUCCAGACGAAAUCUUCCCAAAAGGCCACUUUUGCCAGUCCAUGAUACGGAAAACACCAGCUAUUUUAGAAGAAGUAACAGUGAAAACCAUGAUUAUCUCAAACGUGCACAGUCUUUUUCUAAAAUUACUUCCACCAAUACAGAUGACCUAAUCAAUGCUUCCCCAAGAGGUACAGCAUUGAAAGCAGGAAUACAUAUGAACAGAAGAGCAGUCAGUGCUGAAAGUGUAUCCAGUGACUUGCCUGCAAGACAGGUAGCUCUUCAAGAUCCUGUAGUGCAUGCUAUUCUGGCAAAGGCAGAACAAGUCUUGCAUACUCCUGUACCUCAGUUGAAGUUCAAAUCAAAAGAUCUGACAACAAGUCCAUUGACGGAGGAUGUAUUAGAUGGUGAUAGGUCAUGGGAAAAGAAUCUACCUUGUCUUAAACCACCUAGACAUGUAGGUGAGAGGUCAUCACGUGCGUCAGAGAACCCCACCAUCAUUGAUAAAUUCUUGGAGGAUUGUCUGCAGUCUAAUAAAGAGGUGAGUUGUGAUUCUUACUCACCUAUUGCUGCUAGUACACCCAUACCACAACAUAGAGUGUUACAUGGAUUACACAUGUCAGAAUGCCAUGCACCUAGAAAAGGGAUUCAAUAUGACCUACUUGGAGAGUCUGCACGAUGUGGUACACAGAGGAAUUCCAAAAAGAAGUGGACAUCCGCAGCUGCUAUUAGCAGGAUGUGGUCACACAAGAUCAUGAAAAAUAAGAAAAAUAUCAUUAAAAGUUUUAUUCAAGAAUGUCUUGAGUCUUCAGCUGACUCAACCAACUCGGAGGGGGAGUCUUCAAAUGAUGGUCUUUUCGCUGAUACUCUUCAUACAUUAUCGAUUGUUAAAUGCAUUAUUGAAGAUUACAUGAGUUCAUCGACAUCAUCAAUGAGAGGUAGGAGUGAUGAUGAUAGUCCUCGACUGACUGGUGGUGAGCAGCCAGGCCCUGUAGAAGCUUUGAAGACAAUGUUAUUUACUAUGCAGAAAUCUUCAACAAGUUCUUCUCCGACUGUUCAGAAACUGGAUUUUGAGUCUGAAGCUGGAGGGCAGUCUUUACAAAGGGCCAUGCAGCAUCUGUUCCGUUUGAAGACAUUAGUGAAUAGUGACACAGAAACUGGAUCCCAACAAUCAGUGUCAUCUGCUGGCAACUAA